AUGGAGGCCUCUAAUGCUGUGAGUGUUGGCUCACAGACGAUAAGGAUAAAACCCAAAGUCUCGCUACCAUCAGGACCCCAGGCCUUGAUUCAGUGGGCGGAGGAUAAUGGCUACGGUCCGGUCACAUCCUACACCAGCACCCCCUUGGCAAGCCGCUUCAACAUUCGUCUGCGAGAGCAAGAUGUGGCGUAUUCUCCACACAAAGAAUUGCCGCCUGAGAUGUCCUUUCAGCGUCGUCACAUUCCUGGGAUAGAAAACAAAUCGGCGCCGCCACGCUCCAGCCCGCCGUUUCCAUUUCCUGGCCCCUGGUCUGGAGUUGAAGAUGACUUGCAUGAGUCCGGGCCGGUGAAAGGCCCCUUGGAUGACGCUCUCACUGUGCAGUGCGAAGAGAAGAGGAUGGUCGUCAGCAUUGAGAGAAAGAUCCUAGAGGAGAACGGAUUUUUUAACGCCACCCUCACGCUGAAAGACCCUGCAUGCGGAGCUAAAGUCAACGCAACCCACUACACACUGGAAACGUCUCUGGAUGGAUGUGGAACAAUUGAGUUUCCAUUAUGGCAAAAUAAGCUUUUUAUUAAUCAUGUGGAUGUGCAGGCGCAGGGUAAUGAAAAUCAGACCUCACAACAACAAGAGGGUGUUUCAAGGUCACAUAUGGAGCAAGAUCCGCUGAAAACUGAGGUUAACUUUAAUUGCUCAUACGCCCAGAAAAAACCCGAGGUUGUUCCAUUUCCACCCAGACCUCCGGUCAGCGAGGUCAAUUUUAUGAUGGAGCUGUCCUUGUCUCCGUCUUUCGACAGUCCUUCCCAGGCCAUCUUCCCGGUUAAGAACAAUGAUCAAGUCUUUGUGCAGGUAAUAACACAUUUCGUUUCAUUUUUAAGAUCAUGUUGUUGA